AUGUUUUACCGCUUUUACUGUUGACUUUUACUUAUGCUUGACUGUUACUGUUGACUGUUCUACCAACAAGCCUGGUUCAGUACAGUUUUGGGUCAUUUACGCUCAAUUUUACAGGGCAAGUUCGGUUUUCGGGUAUCAGGCGUUUCACCUAGCUGCGUCGUUCCAGUAUACUGUGGUCGCGUCCAACUUAAGAAGGAGAAGAAAUCUAGUCUGUCAACUACAUAUGCCGUUGGAGAUAAGGUGGAGCAACAGCGCGUCAGGAGAACUACUGAAGCGCCACCAUGCGCCAUCAGUGGGGGAGAGCACUUUCUGCCGCGGCGUAUGUCAUGCGGUCAGUCUUAACAGCCAAUACGGAAGCAGAACACUACACGGUCAGUUGCUCAAGUAGACUUGGAGGAAGUAAAAAAGCUCAUCGCGAAGAGCGAGAAGCCGUCGUCUGCUUCGUUGGCAGAGGGAUACGUGGACGCAGAAGACACACAAGACAGACUGAGACUUCGAAGAGAACUUCGAAAGAGGUCCUCGUCAUGUUUCUCAAGCAAGUAGCCGUCUACAGCGGGGUUUUCUCAGCGGUGCUCCUGGUGACCUUCGCCGUACCUGGACUAUGGGCUCUCGUCAAGUUCUGCGGUGUCGUCUGCUUCCUCUGCAUGCUGAGCAGACGAGCGACGACGGAAGUCUACACCCUGCUGGGGAGGAAGCCGGUGUCUGCGAAGAAUAAAGCUGUGCUUAUCACAGGAUGCGACACAGGUUUCGGUCACGAGCUUGUGAAGCGCCUGGACCAACGCGGGUUCACGGUGUACGCCGGUUGUCUCUUUCCUGACGGCGACGGAGCGCAAAAGCUGCGGGAGACGUGCUCGGAGAAUGUGACCGUGCUUCCACUGGACGUGACCAAAGACAAACAGGUGGAAGACGCCGUCCGGGCAGUCAAGGACAGCCUUGGAGGAAAAGACUUGUGGGCAAUUGUUGCCAACGCUGGCGUCAUCUACGCCGCCGAAAUGGAAUGGGGAAAGCUGGACCUUCUCUACAAGACAUUCGAAGUGAAUGUUUUCGGCGUGGUGCGCUCUGUGAAAGCUUUUCUGCCCCUCAUUCGCAAAGCACGUGGAAGGGUCAUCGUCAGUACGAGCCUCUGGAGUCACUACUCGGUACCGUUCGCCGUCGGAUACUGCAUGUCCAAGUGUUCUGCCCGCUUUUUCGUUGAUGGGCUUCGCAAGGAGAUGAAGAAGUUUGGAGUGAAGGUUGUAUCCAUCGAGCCCAACAUGUAUGCGACAAACCUGACGGCUGACAACAUCCUCGUGCCCACCAUGGAAAAGCAGUUCGCCGACACCCCAGAGGAAGUGCGUAAGGAAUACGGCGAUGCGUACCUGAAGAAGUGCCAGGAAUGUCUCCUGAAGGGCCUCAAUGACUCUCGCCCCAACAUCUCAGAGGUGAUUGACUCCUUCGAAGAGUCCGUCACGGCGUCCGUGCCCAAGUACGCCUAUCACCCCGAUGGAGUCGUCAGAAGCCUCUUGUGGCGCCUCGUGUACAUCGCCCCACCUCCCAUGCAAGACUUCAUAUUCAAUUCAUUCUCGCAGCCCAGGGAGUUCCUCGCAAACAGGAACAUAUGUCGCGGGUGAAAGAGAUGUCUGGGCUAUGUGUUCCGUCCAACGAGUUUCUGGCUUCAAAGUACUGUAUAGUGAACCUCGGACCUCUUGUGGAGGUCUGUCCUGUGCGCGUCGAUGUUUGCUGGAGGUAACCUUGUUGGUCGUUCUCCUCCUUUGGAUGUUCGUUGUUGGGAGAUGGAAAGUGUACCAGAAAGUAAGGAAGUAACAGAGAGUAACAGAAAGCUGUGGAAGUAUGGAACGGAAGUGGAACAAAGAAGACGUGCCGAGCCAGGAAAGGACUGUAAAUAGUAUACUGUAUAAUAAAUAACAAAUACUCAGAAUGUAUCGGUUAGACGGCCGA